ACCAGCCAGGAGGGGAAACUUACAGAAAAAAUAUUGUUCAUUAGUAAAGCAACAUUUGACAGAAACCGACCAUUGUAUUGCGUAGUUUGGAUAUUACGGCAGUUGCCAAACAUGCGCAAUGACAGGAAAAAAACCCAUAGUCGAUGUGAUUAUCGUGGGCGGAGGAAUGGCUGGUCUGUCCGCCUGCGAAAGUCUUGUUAAGUCUGACUACAAUGUAGUUCUUGUUGAAGCUAAUAAUUACUUAGGAGGUCGUGUGUAUCAAGCUGAAUAUGAUAGCUUACCUCCAAUAGAUAUGGGUGGUGAAAUUAUACAUGGAUGUAAUACAAGAGUACAUAAAAUGGCAGUUGAAUUUAACUGGGACAUUGAAAUGCUAUUUGAUUAUGUACCUGAACAUGGAUUGGAAUGGAUAUUUAUGGAUGGUGAAAUGUAUCCUUACCAUUCAACGCAAGAAGAUAUCAUUUCUGCAUACAUGUUUUGGGGUGAUUUUGUGUAUACCAACAAACCAAGUGAAAUUGCAAAAGAGGAUACAACAGCUGCAGAAUAUUUCAAAAAGCAUGCAAAAACCAAAGUGAAAUCACAACAUAUAUUUGAUAUGGUCUUCUGUCAAACUGAGGCUACAACAUUGGAUGCAUUGGGGGGUCAGGAACAUAGUGAUUUUCAAAAUGGUUGGGAGUGUGGGGAAGGAAAUUUCAGGCUUAAGCAUUCACAUAGGCAAGUUGUGGAUUUCUUUCGGAAUGAGUGUAAAGGAGCUUCCAUGAAAUUGAAGUGGCCAGUAAAGGCAAUUAAUUAUUCUACAUCUAUUAUAACUGUAACUAACGAUAAUGGAGAAGAUCUACUUGCACACACAGUCAUUGUAACUGUUCCACUAACAGUUCUUAAAGAUGAAGAUAUAGCUUUUGUUCCUCAAUUACCUCAAGACAAGUUGUUAGCUAUUUCCAAACUACAGAUGUUUACUGGAUUAAAGAUAGUGUGUUUCUUUGAUGAGAAAUUCUGGGACAAAAGUAUCCAUUUAGUAUUCAAUUGUAUGUCUGACAUAAGUCAACUGUGGAUGUAUGAGGUCACUGAAAAGAAGACUGGGGAGAAGCGUUAUGUAGUCACAGGAUUUCAAACCGCUGAAUAUGCAAGACAGAAAGUUCACAUGACAGGAGAGGAAGUAAAGGAUAUAUUCCUUGACAAUCUAAAUGAAAUGUUCGGGACAAAAGAAAAACCUACUCCAGCUACCAAUCAUUAUCUUUAUUAUGUUUAUCAUCACUGGUCCUCAAAUCCUUUCAUUCGUGGCGCAUACAGUUCGCCAUCGUUACACGCUCGUGGUCAACGUCAAAUACUUGCGAAACCACUGCAAAAUCGCAUUUUUUUCGCAGGUGAAGCAACGCGGUCACGUGGGGAUUGCGCAACCGUCAGUGGCGCAAUGGAAAGUGGUAUUGAGGCUGCUAAUGACGUCAAAACCGCACUUUCGUUUCUGAAGCGUUGUAGCUAGCUAUAAGUAUCCCGCCCACAUAUUUAUAGUCGUGCUAUGUUUAUUAGUCUGUGUUCACUUAUUUUGAAAACAAUGUAACUAUAGUGAUUACUAAAGAAAUAUUAGAAGAGAGUUAAA